GUUAAGUUAAUUAAAAAUAAUCGCGGGGAAGAUAUUUUAGAAUACGAUAACCAUACUUUUUAUUUUGCAUACAAAACAAAAACUACAAAUAUAAUUCGUUGGCGUUGUACACAGAGAAAAUGUUCAGCAAAAUUGUUAACUACAGGUGAAAAUUUGACGAUUGUCCGUGAUGAGAGUGUACAUGUAAAUCACGAUGAGAAAAACUUAAACGUUUAUAAAUUAAAUCAAUUGUGCAAAAUAAAAGCACGAGAAUCACCAUAUGAAAAACCAGCCAAAAUUUUAAGAAAUGUAGUGCAAAAUUCAACAGAUUCCAAUGUUAUCACUACUAAGGAUAUUUCAGAUUUAAGACGUAAUAUAUAUAAUACGAAGAGGAAGAUAUUGCCAAAAUUUCCAAUAUCACAGAAUGAAGUACAUUCAAUGCUUGGAACAAUGGAUAUCAAAACACACACAGGUGAACCGUUUAUAUUAUCAAACGAUUCUGAUAAAAAUAUAAUUAUAUUUUCUUGCAAAACAAACAUUGAUUUUUUAUGCAAAAGUGAAACAAUCUAUCUUGAUGAGACAUUCGAUUAUUGUCCGAAAUUAUUCACUCAACUUUUUACUUUACAAUUUACAUGGAUAUUUUAAUAAUAAUUACGUUCCUCUUGUAUUUGCGCUGUUACCAAAUAAAACAAAACAAACGUAUUUAACAAUUUUUAAAUAUUUUGGUACUUGAAUGUCAAAAUGUUGGUCUAAUAUUAAAACCUACAACAGUUAUAUGCGAUUUUGAAGAAUCAAUUCAUAUCGCAUUAAGAGAAGUUUGGAAUAAUUUUAAUAUCUUUGGAUGUCGUUUUCACUUAACUCAGUUUUGGUACAGGAAAAUACAAAACUUAGGACUAUGUAAAGCGUAUAAAAAUAAUAAAACCCCCGAAGGUGAAUGGUUGAAUAAUAUUUUUGGAUUAAUAUUUUUAAAUCCUAAUGAAGUGGGCUCAUGUUUUUUUGAUGACUUUAUGUCAACAAUACCACACGAUAUAAAAUUUCAAAUGUUUGCUGACUAUUUGACUGACAAUUAUAUAGACAACAAUUCAUUAUUUCCACCGUAUAUUUGGGCAGUUGCAUCAUCGUCGUCGACACAUACAACGAAUGCAUGUGAAUCCUUUCACAGUAAAUUUAAUGCAGAGUUUUAUCAUCCACACCCACAAAUUUUCAAUUUCAUUAAAGUUCUAACAGAUUUUCAAACAGAUACUUAUAUAAAACUAUCAAGUUUACAUAUAACUCCGCGAAUAACUUCUCAAACAUGUCAACGGACGAAACAAAUUCAAGCUGCUUUGGAUCAGUAUAAUAAUAAAUUGAUUUCAAGAACUUCAUUCAUUGCAUUAGUUGCAUACAAAUACAAAAAACGUAUUAUUCCACCUUCAAUUAACUGCGAAACAUAAAAUUAUAUCAAAAUGCAACAUAGGUAAAUUAGAUUUUUUUUUUAAUUCAACACAUAAUUAUUUUAACUGACGAAC